AUGCCUACCUACCCGCAUUCCAGAACAACGGAAACACCCCAGAUCGCAUGCCAGGCGCACUACGGUCUUAUCGGCAGCGUCGCCCAAGCUCUAAACCACUACACAGUCCGGCCUAGGUGCAAGGAGAUCGUCUCGUUCAACCACACAUUCCCCGCCGACUUGGGUGAUGGCUCCUCCCCAUUUGAUGCGCGCAACAUUGACAAUGCCGGCGACGCCGAAAUUCGGAAGCAUCAAGCAUGUCCUCACAGGCGACUCUUUCGUCUCUUGGAAGCUUGUGGCGAGUGGCAGCCGAGGUUUGGGUCGAAGGUUCAGAGUACGCAUGGGAUGUCCGAGGCAGGCUUUUUUGCGGUUCCUGAUCCGAACGAACCCGUUCAAGAUGCUAAUAUGGGGAUUUUCGUGCCGAACGUUGAAGCCAAGUUCCUCGACGAGAGUAGCGACGUCUUAUCUCUGAACGAGGAGGGGGUGUAUAUUUGUACACCUUUUGUGAGAAAGGGAUACCUCGAUGAGCCGACGCAUACGGCUCAGGCAGCGCGACCGGUUACAAGGUCUGAGAUCGAGACCGCAGUCUCCCGGCAUCCGGGCGUCCGUGACGUUGCUGUUAUCCCUGUUGUUCUGCCCGGUAGCGAAUGCCCUGCCCCUCGGGCCUACAUUGUUAAGACAUACGGCUCGAGCCUGUUAAUAGAGGAGCUGAUAUCAUGUAUGGCAACCAAAUAUCUUCCGCGCAUGCAGCUCACCGGUGGUGCUGCGUUCGUUGAUGCUAUUGAACAAAUAUGGGUGCACGGGUGGGGGCACAGGAUUGAGGUUCAGAUUCCAUCACUUUUACAGAUCGAGGCCUCCAUCAUCCCCAUUGUGGUCAUCGGGGUCUUUUAUGUCAGGAGCGAGAGACGCUGCUGGUGUGGUUUGUCGGAGAUUUGA